AUGGACAAGUUUCGGAUGAUCUUCCAGUUUCUCCAGUCCAACCAGGAGUCCUUCAUGAACGGUAUCUGCGGGAUUAUGGCCCUCGCCAGCGCCCAGAUGUACGCAGCCUUUGAUUUCAACUGCCCAUGCCUGCCGCGCUACAACCUGGCCUACGGGCUGGGCAUCCUCCUGGUGCCCCCCCUCAUCUUGUUCCUGCUGGGUUUUGUGCUGAACAACAACGUCUCCAUGCUGGCGGAGGAGUGGAGGCGACCCCACGGCCAGCGAGGGAAGGACCCGGCCGUCCUGCGCUACAUGUUCUGCUCCAUGGCGCAGCGGGCCAUGAUCGCCCCGGCCGUCUGGGUCUCGGUGACGCUGCUGGACGGCAAGUGCAUCACCUGCGCCUUCUGCACCUCGGUGCCCGUGGAGACCCUGGGCAAUGCCAGCCACCCCGGCCUCUCCCAAGGGGAGAUGAACCAGGUCCUCGCCCGCAUCCCCUGCAAGGAGAUCUACGACGGACAGGAGAUCAUUGCCGCCGAAGUGGCCGUCAGGUACCUGCGCUGCAUCUCACAGGCUCUGGGCUGGUGCUUUGUGCUGCUGAUGACCGCGCUGGCUUUCUUGGUCAGAUCCCUCCGGCCCUGCUUCACACAAGCUGCCUUCCUGAAGAGCAGGUACUGGUCCCACUACAUCGACAUCGAGCGCAAGCUGUUCGACGAGACGUGUGCGGAGCACGCCAGGAGCUUUGCCAAGGUCUGCAUCCAGCAGUUCUUCGAGGGCGUGAGCACGGACCUGGCGGCC